AUGUGCGGGACUAGUCCCAGUUCCAGUUCAAAAAAUGUCGGUUUUCGAUAUGAAUUUACUUUAAGGAUUGGUCCCGAUCUGCCAAUAUUAGCUGGUCAUAGUUAUGCUAUGUUACUUGUUGCACGUAGUAUUCAAGGAAUUGGGUCAUCGACUAUAUUUGUUUGUGGUCUUGACAUAUUGACCAAAAAGUAUCUAAAUGAGAAAGAACGAGGUCAAGCAGUUGGAAUUGUAUAUAGUGGAGUAGUCCUAGGAACACUCGUGGGACCAUGGUAUGCUGGUCUUUUGUACGAUUUUGCUAAUUAUUUGGCUAUAUUUCUUAUCCUAACUGGACUUUUGGUGUGCAAUGGAUUGUUACAUUUAUCUAUAAUGAGUUUUAAAAUUAAGUUUAUGGAGGCAAAAAUAAUAGGUCCAUCAUUAAUAACAUUGGUAAUGGAUCCUUAUAUAUUAAUUGCUACAGGUGCAUUCUUUAUUGAUAAUAUAAGAUAUGCAUUAAUACAAGCAAUAUUGCCAACUUGGAUGAGUAUACCACAAAUAAAAAUAUUUUAUGAAUUGAUUGCACCUAUGUUUAUAUUAGGCGUAUCUGGAACUAUAGUCGAUGUGUCAGUUUUACAAGUAUUAAGUGAUCUUGCUGAUAAACGCCAUUCAUCUGUUAAUGCAAAUACAUACGCAAUCGUUACAACAGCAGGAUCACUUGGGUAUGCCAUAGGUGCAUUGGGAGCCGGCUCUCUAAGUGAGGCAAUAGGUUUUUCAUGGAUUAUGUAUAUGAUUGCUAUUGGAACUGCAAUAUAUACCCCACUUGUUAUUUUUCUCAAACAACAAGAAUCAAAAGAAACAUCGGAACCUCAACUAAUUACUAUGCGUUAUACAGGAUCUUUCCCAAAACUAAGCAUACAUCCAUCGCUAUCACCAGCAGCAGCCACAACAAUAAAUGAAAAUUCAAGCGAGAGCUUUCUGAAAGCAUUGAAAUGGUAG